AUGACUGUUACAAAACUCCCCUUCCACGCCGACCACAUCGGAUCGCUCAUCCGACCAGAGUCGCUAUCCCGCACUCAGGAGCAAGCCGAUGCCGGCCAAGUCUCCUCUGAGCAGCUCGUCGCGACGCAAAAGGCUGCUAUUGCCGAUAUUGUCAAGAAGCAGCAGGAGCAUGGAGUCCGCGCCAUCUCUUCCGGAGAAUUUGAUCGCAAGUACUACUUCUCUGGCUUCUUUGAGCGUCUCGGCGGUUUCCGCGAGGUAGAGCCCGUGCCUUGGGAUCUUGUCCGUCUCUCUGCUCCUCCUAUCGCUGCUCUUAAGAAGGCUGGCAAGCAGUACCCCAUGGCCGCCCUGUGCGAGUCCAAGAUCGAGUACAAGAAGAGCCCUUACCUCGAUAACUGGAAGAUGCUCCGCGAGUGUGUCCCCCGUGAGCAGUGGGCCGAGUGCAAGUUCACCAUGCCGCCACCCUGCUAUUUCCAUCUGCGACUCGCCUCUGGCAAGUGCUACAGCCCUGAAGCUUACUCCAACGAUGAGGACUUCUUCGCCGAUCUGGCCAAGGCCUACCGCCAGGAGUUCAAGACCUUGUAUGAUGAGGGUGUGCGCAACAUCCAGAUCGACGACCCUACUCUUGCCUACUUCUGCUCUGAUGAGAUGCUUCAGUCUUUGAGGGAUGAGGGUGUUGACCCUGAUAAGCUGUUCGACACUUACCUCAAGGCUCACAACGAUGCUAUCGCCGACCGUCCCGAGGGUCUCCAUGUCGGACUCCAUAUCUGCAGAGGAAACUUCUCCAAGUCCAUGCACUUCAGCGAGGGCUCAUACGAAAAGAUCGCCGAAAAGUUCUUCGCAGUCCUUAAUUACGACACAUUCUUCCUCGAGUACGACAACCCUCGCUCCGGCGGCUUCGAGCCCCUCCGUUUCCUGCCCAAGCACAAGAACGUGGUCCUAGGAGUCAUCACCACCAAGGAGCCCGAGCUCGAGGAUGCCCAGGUCAUCAAGCACCGUGUCCUCGACGCCGCAAAGAUCAUCGCCGAUGGUCAAGGUCGCAGCCUCGAGGAGGCUCUCGAGAACGUCGGCAUUAGCCCUCAAUGUGGCUUCGCCAGUGUGGCUGUUGGUGCUGAGGGUAUGACUGAGGAUAAGAUGUUUGCCAAGCUCAAGCUCGUGAACGACGUUGCUCAAGAGAUCUGGCCUGGUAAGGCUUGA